CUCUGCUCCUCUCCUGCCAAGGAGCAGGAUAAGAAAUGCCCAACUUUGACCCUUCUUUCCAAAAGGAUCGGAAAGGAAGGAUUAAAAGCCGGAGGGAGGGUGGGCGAGUUUGGGAGGGCUGGGGAGAGAAGCACAGAAGGAAGAAAUAGAGAGAGAAGGGCAGAGAAAAGGAGGGGGACAGAGAGAAGAGGAUUUCAGUAUUCUAGGCUGCAAUAGCAACCGGUGGGGCUUGUGCUGUGCGCACACACACAGCUCUCACUGCACCUGUCUGCUGGGCACAGACACAGCUGGUGAGCUGGGAGAAGAGGGGAAACCCUUCUAUAAAGAGAUUGGGCAUUGGGAAUUUAACAGUAAAGCCACAGAGACAGUGCCCACACAGGCAGGAAUGGAAGAAAAGCCCCUAAACUUGCUGGAGGGCAAGGAGACACAAAGGCACCAGGCUUGGCUUUCCUCCUCCUUCUGAACUUGGAUUUUCCUGGAGACUCCAGCUGCAGCACACCUGGACUGAGCUGGCCAUCCCUUGGGGCAGACUGGGGAAGGAGAGAGGGGAGCCCCUGGGCCCCCCUGUAAACUGGAUAGGAAGGAACCUGUCAAACUGUAGCCACGCCAGCCCGAGCUGCCUCUCUUUAUGUGGACACUGCGCUUCCCUGGGAUCGCCUGGCUCGUGCGUUUAAGAUGUCUGGGAAAGUUUUCCUGAUGUACCUGACAAUCUAUCCCGCCCUACAGAUAAGGACAGAAAGCAUGGAGGAGUAUGACUACGAUUACCUCAGCAUCAAUAAAACCUGGGUCCUGACCCCCAAGGCGCAGGAGACGGAUGCCACGCAAAUCCUCAACUCACUGCUGAAGAACUACGACAACAAACUGAGGCCCGACAUCGGCAUCAAGCCCACAUUCAUCGAUGUGGAUAUCUAUGUGAACAGCAUCGGGCCGGUCUCUGUCAUCCAGAUGGAAUAUACCAUUGAUAUCUUCUUUGCUCAGACCUGGUAUGACCGGCGCCUUCGCUUUAACAGUACCCUCAAAGCCCUCACUCUGAACACUAACAUGGUGAGCCGCAUCUGGAUCCCAGAUACCUUUUUCAGGAACUCCAAGCGGGCCGACUCGCACUGGAUAACCACGCCCAACCAGCUGCUCAGGAUCUGGAAUGAUGGCAAGGUUCUCUACACACUCCGGCUGACCAUAGAGGCGGAAUGUCUACUCCAGCUGCAAAAUUUCCCAAUGGACACGCACUCCUGCCCACUGGUUUUCUCCAGUUAUGGCUACCCGCGAGAGGAGAUUAUCUACCGCUGGAGGCGUUACUCCAUUGAAGUCUCAGACCAGCGCACCUGGAGACUUUAUCAGUUUGACUUCACAGGUCUGAGGAACACAUCAGAAGUUCUCAGGACAGGGGCUGGGGACUAUAUGGUCAUGACGGUUUCCUUUGAUCUGAGCAGGCGGAUGGGCUAUUUUGCCAUUCAGACCUAUAUCCCCUGCAUCCUGACUGUAGUUUUGUCCUGGGUUUCCUUCUGGAUCAAGAGAGACUCCACACCGGCCAGGACUUCUCUGGGCAUCACCACAGUGCUCACCAUGACCACCUUGAGUACCAUCUCCCGCAAGCACCUCCCGAGGGUCUCCUACAUCACUGCCAUGGAUCUCUUUGUCUCGGUGUGCUUCAUCUUCGUCUUUGCCGCUCUCAUGGAAUACGCCACACUCAACUACCUGGUGGGAAACAAGAAACCACCGGAGAACAACAGCAAGAAACCCAGACUGCCACCUGCCAAUGCCCACAUGAUGCCCUCCUUCACCACCAUCAACAUCAACAACCUCAUGCACUGGCCUCCUGAGGUCGAGGAGGAGGAGGAGGAGCCAGGCGCCCCUUGCCUAGAAGGGAAGGAAUGUGAGAGGUUUUUUUGCUGCAUCGAGGACUGUCAGACAGGGACGUGGCGGGAAGGCCGCAUCCGCAUUCACAUCUCCCGUCUGGACUCCUACUCCCGGGUUUUCUUCCCCACAGCCUUCCUGCUCUUCAACAUCGUGUACUGGAUUGCCUAUCUCUAUCUCUAGCUGUUCCCCAACCUGUGCUGAAAUAAACCAGAGGCCAACAAGAUUUGCAAAAAAGGAAAAAGGGAAACAGUGUGGCUUCUCAUUUUAGUCAUUCAUUGUUUUGACAUUUGCCCAACCUUAACCCUUUCCUGCCCUUCUGAGUAGAACCAGUUGGGGAAAAAAUUCAUGGCCAAACUCUUUGAUAAAAAACAGGUUGCCAACACAUGGGAAAUUUUCUUGUGAAAAUUUCUGGUUUUCUGCAAAAAUACAAAUCUGAAAGCUUUCUCCAUUUCCAAUGAAACCCCCAUAAUUCCACAGAAAGUGCUUACAAAGGUGAUUUUUUUUUCAUUUUGGCAGGAAAUCAAAUAAAUUUCUUGACUAACUCUACUCCUGAGUCAGCUUCUGUUGAUAUAGACCUUGGUGUAGGGCCAUGGAAAAGUCCACAAAGACUGGAGGUGGAGGAGGAGAAACUGGCUACAUCCUCCCCUCCAUCAGGAACCAGUGUUGUCCAAAAUGUGGAUGGUACUUGCCAGAAAGGGUGCAUGGCCAUAGACCGGGGAUGAACCAGUGCAUUCCCCAGCAGCCUCUACCAGCAGGGCUGCUAUGGGACUCUCAUUGUAGCCCAUAGCUGUCCCCUGCUGUAGCAGAUGGCACCAAGACACAGCAGCAGGGACUUUCCCUGACACUGGUCAGUCUAUGAAGCUAUGCAUUUGUAAAGUUUUAAAUAAGUCUGUGAGGAUCCAUCUACUCUACAACUACAACCCUAUAAAGGACCCAGUUACAUCGUGGUUGUAUUCUGUAGUGUAGAUGUAUAUUGCUUUCAGUUACAACACUAAAUACAGUGUUGUAACUGAAAUCAAUAUAUUUGAAAAGGUAGAAAAACAUCCAAAAUAUUUAUAUUAAAUUUAAAUUGGUAUUCUGUUAUUGUUUAGCAGUGAGAUUAAAACUGUGAUUAAUUGCAACUGCUUAUCUAAUAUAAUUAAUUUGUUUUGUGUUAAUCACUUGCGUUAAUUGUGAUUAGGUGAGAGCCCUACCCCUAACACUGUUUUAUUUGUAGUGUAGACAGGGUCUGAUUUUUUUUAGUUCUGCUUCAGGGGAACAAAAUGUGAUCCCAGUUCUACCCUCCAUCAGUGGGUACUAUCUGACUCCACAAAUCAUCCUAUUGGAACCAGCGGGGCUUCUCAUGGACUGAGGUAUUACUCAACCUAAGUAAGGGUGACAGAAUCAGGCCCUGCUGAAUUUAAAAUAACAAAUAUGCAAGGUCCUUUUGGGGGCCCUUGCAGCUCAAACAGAUCUAUUUUUAAAUCUUUAGGAUUCAGAAAGAAAAUUUAAACUGGAAGAUUUAGGAGAAAGCCAUGGCUCCACCUACUCUCUGACACUCCCCACCCCUUUUCUGAUGAGUGGCUCCCGGAAAGGGGCGGAGCAACUCAAUAACAUCUGCAAGUGCUAGGUCUGCUAUGUUGAGUAGCCCUUAGCCAGGUCACGCAUGGGGAGGUAGGUGUUUCCUUGCUGACAUACUAUCACAGAACUUGUGUGGCCAUAUAACUUGGGGAGGGAAGCAAUUUUUCCUUGGUGAGGGUUGGGGAAAUAUGCCAUUCAGUGCUAAGCAGGAAGAGUCUGCAUCUGUAGCAGAAAAACAUGGAGCCGGACCCUCCACUGGAGUUAAUUGUUGCUGCCCCAUUUAUACCAGCUGAGCACCCGUCCCACAAUGCUGUUUCCUGAAAGUGAUUUCCCAUUCAUAUUUACUUACUGUGUAAAUUAAAAAGAAAUCUUUUAGAAAGAGCAUGUUUUAGAAAUAACUUUCACUUUAAAGGCUUGUCCCAAGAAGAGAGACAACACCUGCAGGGAGUGUAGCUGGGAAUGGCUGAUUUACUGGACAGCUAAUAGGGCCACGAGGGAUAUGUAUUCUUAGAGAGCAAAUUUGAUCUGGUUUAAAGAUGGAUUUUGACACUGUUGAAUGUGAUCUGAAUAAUGAUGUGUCAUGUUUAAUUAAUUCAUAAAUAUACCCUUACCUUGCUUCCAGGGGGACUCAAAGAGAGCCUAAUUAAGGCUACAAUAGUACAACACUUGGCUAAGUAUAACCUAAUAGGGUCAAACCUGCACAGCUUCUGGAAGGGAAAAUUAUGCCUGUCUAACCUGUUAGAGUUCUUUGAAAUGCUGAAUAAAUCAGGAGAUAAAGGUUUCCCAGCAGACAUAAUUUACUCUGAUUUUUCCAAUGGCUUUUGAGAAGAUGGAGCAGAAUUAUUGAGGAUGGUACAAGGGGGUUCUAAUUAGAAGAAAUUAAUGUAGGAAAAGGAAGUCUAAGAAAAGGAUAAAAAUAGCUUCCUGACAAUGAAGUCUAUUGGGCUGUGUCUCCUGAGUGAAUGGGGGUGAAGUCUCACUUGACAUAGUAAAACCAGCAGUGUAGUCGAGGGUAAACUUGGGUAACCCACAUUUGCCCGAUCUCAUUUGUGGAAUAUGGAGUUUAAGUUAGGUUAGUUCACCCCUUCUUUUUUUAUCAAUACACCACUGAAUAAAACGCGAUUGGACGUGGCAACAUAAUAUACUGUAUGAAUCAACCAGUAGAAACUAUGGGCAGGUUUAAACAUGAUGGAAGACAAAGGUAAUGUACAACAGCAAAGACAGUGAAAACUCCUCAGAUACAGCCCUGCCUUCGGAACAUACGCACUCUUCUAAGGAAACCGAGUUAGGAGGUUGUCAGGAAAAACAUGAUUAUCCAGUAAGGAGCAGCACUUAGCAAGAUAGAUGGUUGGGUAUAUUAUAAAAGAGAAUAGAAUUCCCCCACCCAUGACCACCACCACCACCACACACAC